UACGAAGCCACAAGAAAACCCAUCCCAAUACUCAAAAAAAAUCGAAGCUACAUACCAUAUAAUUAGCUUUUAGAAAAACACAAUGAAAUCCCAAAUUGUUUUUUCAAUCUUCCUGUUCUUUUCAUCGAUCUGUAUUGCAGAAUCGUUGAACUAUACUCUUAUCAGCGAGUUUGAGGUAGCAGCACCAGCAGAUGAUGUAUGGGCUCUUAUCUCCUCCAAGGAUGCACACAAGACCUUUCAAAUGUUACUUCCUGGUAUGUUCGAGAAACUAGAAAUUCUUGAAGGUGACGGCGGCGUUGGUACUGUUCUUCUUGUUGUAUUUCCUCCAGGAACAGUACCGCUAUCCAACGAAGGAAAGUAUGUGACAAUCGAUAACCGGAGGCGUGUUAGGGAGAUAUUGCAAGUCAAAGGAGGAUAUCUAGACAUGGGUGUAACGUAUUUCAUGGAGACUUUUGAAAUCAUUCCGAAAGGUUGUAACUGUGUUUUCAAAUCCAUGAUCAGAUAUGAGGUCCCUGAUGAACUUGCUCCUGAUGUAUCUUCUAUAAUUAGUGUUGAAGGUAUUCUUAUCAUGGCUAAAGCUGCAGCAAAAUAUGUUGUCGAUAAUAGCAAAAAAACGCCAAAGUAUUCAUAUUAAUUCGUUCAUAUGUAUGAAAAAAUGCCGACGAAUAUGUCCCUAGUUGAAAAAACCACCGGCAUUAGUCUUUGUUGUAUAAGGCCAUAACUAUGUGAUCAUUCCAUGUAUUGGCCCUUUUUUUUCCUGUUUGUACUGCUCGUGUAAUCACUAAAAUAGUGACAAAUGCAGUGUUUAUGAGAAGUUUUAAUAAUUAUUUUGUUAUUGAUGCAAUAACAAUCUCAAGG